AUGACAGCUAUGUGUGAUAAUUGUUUUGUGUUUUACUUUCGAACCGAUGCACUUGAAAGAAAUAUAUACUCAAAUAAAGCAUAUAUGUGUUUAUUUAUUUGCAAUUCGAUACCGAAUCUGCUGAUAGUUUUUUGCCGUGUGAAAUUUCCAUUGCCACUGGGUUGGGAAAAUGUGAAAAAGGGCCAGGCCAGACCAGGCAAGCCGACUGACUUUGGCAUACUUUCGAUGCCAAGCGGAUUGAUUAGCAUCUAUAGCCCCUCUGCAGCUCCCUCAUCUGGCAUUCAACUGGUGUCCCAUGCGUGGGACUCACUCAUAUUAUACGCUGGGUAUCUGUGCAUAUAUUUCUUAUUCUCCCCGAUCAACUGGCGACAUUGUUCCUCGCUGGCUGUCAGUUCUUGUGUGGGCAAAAGUGCCUCUGAUUGUCGCUGCCUGCGAGCGUGGUUGCCUCGUUUGCACUCUAACAACUGCGAACUGUCAGAUAGCCAGAAAGCUUUAUGCGCAGUCGAAAAUUCGGGGCGUUGCAGACAGAAGUGUGACAAGGAAAUGGAAUUGUGA